CUGUAUGAUGACAGCCCAUAUCAGUCUACCCGUGUAACAUGUCAGAAACAAAUUCCCCAUCAACCUCCGAAGCAUCGCGCGCUCGCGGCAGGGGUCGUGGAAAGUCCCGUGGUGGGCUAGGAAAGUACCUCCGCGCACGAGGCCGUGGUCGAGGUGGCCGUCCAGCAGAAUUCCACCAGCGCCUAGUGCUGGAAGGCGAAGAAGUGGUCGAUCUAGACCCUGAUUCGGAAGAGGCGAAAGAGUUUCAAAAGAAGUACUCACGGCGGCAAGUUGGAUCCAAUGCCGAUCGUUAUGUAGAGCUCGAGCCUGAGUUGGAUUCUGACGGAGAGGAGAUUUGUGAGCCGGAAGUAGACCUAUCGUCAUUUCUUGCGAGACAACGGUUAUCGGACGUGUCGGAGACGACUGUGGUUGCGGUGCCUCAAGUCGAUGAUGAUGAUAUCGACCAUGAACUCGCACAUAUCUCAUCUCAUCGUAUCCCACCUCCAACGUCUCAGAAGGGACGCGUACAGGUCAUUGAAUGGGAUUCAGAACUUGAAGAAAUGAAUCGUGAAAAGGCCGCUGCAGAUGCAAGUCGAGAUCUGAGAACACGAUUCCGUGCAAAGUCGGAGAAGCUCAAAGCAAAACCUCCAUUUGCACGUGAUAGAAAACAAGAUGACAACUACGCUGAGGCACCAGCCCUUCCCACCGAUGCACCAAAGGCACCCAAAGUGGAAAUGGAAAAUUUUCUUGAUGAGUUGCUUGGCUGAUGAUCUUACACUCCAAAAACGCAUUACUUUGGGGAAUGUGCCUCAAGGCGCCUUUUUUACUGCGACCAACUAUCACAACAUAGGAAGAUCGUCAUCCCUCUCUAUGGCUCUCAGCCAAAUAUUAUGCAGGGUCCACGAAGAUUGGCGAAAGGUGAUAGUUCUCAAUGCUGGCGUAUCUUUGUAGUUUAUUAGCCAGUGGUGGGUUGGCGUCCAUCCCAUCUCAAAAUAUUUGUCUUGUGAUCUUGAAAAUUCAUAGCGAGUGUACACCAA